AUGCCUCUCAGACGCCAAGCAAUCACUCUUCGGCGCGAGCCAACGCCCCCCAAGGGCUUCUUCCGACUGCCGUGGGAGUUGCAGCAGCACAUUUACGAGCUCAGCCUGAUCGAGCUACCACGGUGGGAGAAGAUUCACAAGGCCGACUGCAGCCUGAUUGCCUCAGAUAAGUCGUAUUCGUGCGAGCGGCCACCCUUUGUCGACAAGGACCUAAUUUACUCGCCACUCGACAACUGCCACUGUGCAAAGCGCCACAGUCUCAAUGUCCUUCUCGCCAACCGGCAAGUCUACCGCGAGGCGGCACCUGUCCUGUGGUCGCGCAACGUGUUUUGUUUCCACCGGGGCGACCAUUUCGUCAACGACGUGGGCAAGAAUCUGCGGCCAGCGCACCGCCUGAUGCUGCGGCAUGUGUCGAUCUUGAUGUACACAAACGACUCGCUGCCCAACGAGAACGAGACGAGCUUCACGCAGACAUACACCAGCAAUAUGUGGGAUACCAUCCUGCAGUGCAACAGCCUGCGCACGCUCGAGGUCAGCCACGUCCUGUGCGGUAAUCGGCAGGCGGACCACUUCAACUGUCUGCGAAAACAGCUGCCCCAGCUCGAAUCGUUCCGUCUGACCACACUCAUGGCCUACCGGGUGUGGCCACGGCGCGACCAGAGCGAGCCUCUCGGCCGCCGGCCGUCGCCAAGGGAGGCGGCGACCGGCGACAACAACGGUAACAACAACUCGACACCUGCCGCUGAUCAGACCUUUAUCCCUUUCCACGACGUCACACCCGCACCGCCACCGCCACCGCCUGCCGAGCACUACUUGGUGCUGAACCCAAACCUGGCCGGCUACGACUACAGCUACAUUCGUGACGUGUCGCGGACGUUGUGGUUCAAGGCGGGUCUGGAGGUCGACGUCGACACCCUCUGUGGCGCCCUCGCCACAGGGCCCGGCGCCUACACUGACCUCCUACGGAACUUCCGCACCAACUUCCUCGUACACUUGCGCUUCGCGCUGGCCCGGCUGCCCGAGGCCUGGGCGCGUGACCACCCGCCCGCCCGGCCGUACCAGCCGUUGCCCCGCCGCGCCGCCGACCAGCGCGUGGCUCCCAACUCCGACUCGGACAACCCCCGCCUGUUCGCCUGGGACCCCAUGCACGGUGCCUCCGUAUACAACCCCAAGGCCAUCCGGCUCGUGUCGGCGCGCAUCCCCGAGCACAUGCGCGACGCGCCCGUCCACCAGACCGUCACGCUCCGCGACGGUCGGUCAUUGUCCGUGCAAAUUAUGGGUUUGCCCGUCAGCAGGGCCUUCCGGAUCCAGCGGUUCCGGGAGCGCCAGCGCAUCGUGCACCGGGCGCACGCCGCCGGGCGGCUGACGGCCCGCGAGGCGGCUGUCGAGGCGGCCGUCGAAAAACUGGUCCAGGAGCGCCGCGCCGCCAAGGCAGCCAAGAGCCAGCAAACCAUGGAGCGCGAAGUGACAAACGAAAUGGCCGACCGCUGGUGGCGCAAAAUGGACCGCGAAGCGACGCGCAAGGCCGAGGCGCGCGUGGCGCGGGCGGACGCGCGGCUACGUGCAGCAGAGCAGGAUGAGGAGUUGUUCGCGCAGCGGAUGGCGGCACGAAAACGCGUCAGCUCGAGCUUGAGCUACAUGGACGGCUACGGCGACAGCGACGACGACGACGACGAAUCCAGUGCCAACGAGAUCGGCACCGAGGAGCACAACUGCGCAGCGCCUUGGCCGCGGCAGAAGCAGGCCGAGGCGCGUGGGGUCAAGAAGGGCUCCAAGAACAAAAAGCAGGGCCGGCCAGUCGGUGCGAAGGCGUCGCGAGACCCGGCACGCGCCGAGAUUGCGCACUGGAUACGGAGCGGGGACGUCAGCGACUGA